AAACAACGCUUGCGCGAACGGAAGACAGCUACGACCAACUGUCAAAGAAAGAUAACCAAAUUGAUAUAUAAUAAAAAGAGAUAAAAUGUGACUGGCCUGUGCGUGAUCAUGGAAACCGAGGUUAUUUAAACAUAAACAAAUUGAAAAUCGCACAAGAUCUUUGAACAACUGAAUUCGAAAGGAAGGAAGUAACAUCUAAGGUGAGGUAGCGGAUAACAUCUUCCACCGGCCCGAACAUCAUGGCUGAAGCGGAGCAACAACAAACAGCGCCAGAACAACCUAAGGCAGUCCCAAAACAGAAGGAAGUACUUGCAACUAAGGUAACUGGCACAGUAAAAUGGUUUAACGUCAAAAGCGGUUAUGGAUUUAUCAACAGAAAUGAUACCAAAGAAGACGUUUUUGUGCACCAAUCAGCCAUAAUAAAGAAUAACCCGAAGAAAGCCGUCCGAUCAGUGGGCGACGGUGAAGUCGUAGAAUUUAGCGUAGUCGUAGGUGAAAAGGGUAACGAGGCGGCCAAUGUAACCGGCCCUAAUGGUGACCCAGUAAGAGGUUCGCCUUAUGCUGCCGACCGAAGAAGAGGAUACCGCCAGUGGUAUUACCCGAGAGGAAGACGUGGACGUCGUGGCGGUAGCCGAGGCGGCGGACCGCCAAGGGAAAGCCAAAGUGAAGGCGAAUUAAAGGAUGGGGUACAAUCAGGCGGUGAAGGCGGCCAAGGUGGCCAAGGACCCCCACGUCGUUAUGCACCAAGACGCGGACGUGGAGGAUAUUCAUAUUACAGGGGACCCUAUCGCGGACCGCCAGGAGAAUUAGAACAAAAUGGAGAUGCUCCCCGUGGUCGUCGACCCCCACGUGGCUUUUUCCGUCGUAAUUAUCGUGGAGGUCGCGGCGGCGCAAGACCACGUUCCCAGGACAGCCAGGGCCAGGCUGGAGAGCUAAACGGUCAAGAAGGUGGACCACGUGGACCUCGUGGACCACGCUACCGCAGACGUGGCCCAGCCCGUCCAAGAGCCGGUAACUCUCAGUCAGAGUCUGCAGGAGGGAACCAACCAAAUACCAAGGUUCCCGAAAAAGCUGUAUCUGAUAAGACCGAAGAAAGUCAACCAGUGCAGAACACAACUACAGAGAGCAGUGCUUAAGCGUAAUCGCGCUCAAGUCCAUCACUCUAUAAUCAUAAAAUAUUUAACAACGUUAGCGCGUGAGUUUGUAAAAGUAAAAGCAGACAAAAGGCAUUUCAUGGCGAAUGUUUGUACCACUAAUAAUUUUUGUCAAUUCAUCUGUAAGAAAAAAAAAUACCAGCAAAAAGAAUUUGCUACAGUUUGACGCCGCAAUUUUCAACUGGGGUUUCGAAAACAUUUUUGAUACUUUUUAUAUUCCCAUUGAUGUUUUUAUACAGAGAUUUGUAAAUUGUAGAUAAGCAAAUUGCAACUCGUUUGAAAAUGGCGACAAACUGCUUUUUGUAUUUUUUUGUAACGUGCAUGAAAUGUCUUGAGACCUUAUGUCAUGCUGCAAAAUUUUUCCUUCAUAACAAUAAAAUAAAAAAAACAUUGUAAAAAUUCGACGCCUUGUCUUGUCAACAUUGACGAGCGUCGUACCAAAAAAAUAUGAUUGCAACAUCUAACUUUGAAAAGUCUUUUCCAUCUUGUGAGCAAAAGGAAAAGAACCAAAAAAGUUUUAAAAAUACAAAAAAAAAUCCGUAAAAGUAUAAACACAGGACAGUUUAUUUUCGACUUACAUUAUGGGUAACAUGAUUUUCUCGACAUUUGUAAACAGUAAUCUCAUGUCAAAAUCUUUGGGUGCUAGUCAUUAAGUAUUGGUGUCUUUUCUUUAUUGCGUUACUGUAGUGUUUGUUUUAGAUAACUACAAAUAUACAGUAAUUGGGAGUUCUUUUUAUUUAUUUAUUUUUUUCGCUAUUUUGUUCAAUAUAAGUGGAAAAUAAAAACUGUUCUAGA